GACAGUGACUGAUAUCCCUUCCCUUUUUUCCUGUUGCUUUCUGUUUUGUGCCUUCGAGCGGCGGUGUUCUUUACAACUUUUAUUUUUAGAUUUAAAAAUUCAUAAUAUUUGUGUUGACAGCGUCGUUCAAUUUCAAGUUAAAUAGAGCGAGAAAUAAACUUAAACAUGACAAAUAUUUCGAAGAGACGAAAGGAAGGAUCUAGGGCCAAGAUCAAGACGAUUGGAGACCAUGAUGAGUUUUUAAAGAGAAUCACGAAAACACUGUACUAUGGUGAGCUGCCUGAUCUGCCAUGCCUCAGUCUUCCCGUCACUGAGAUCUCGUGUGAGCUGUGGUCAGUGGCACAGCGCGGGCGAUCGCUGCGGCGGCUGCGUGCAGAUGCAGCGGCAGGUAUUGCGCGCAGUGCCUGCGUCUCACCCUGUGCCCUUGUACUGGCCAUCCUCUACCUUGAGCGCCUCAAAUCCUGUAACAAGGACUACCUCACUUCUGCUGCACCCGCAGACCUCUUCCUUGUCUCUUUGAUGGUGAGCAAUAAGUUUUUACAAGAUGAUGGCGAGGAUGAUGAGGUGAUCUGCUCUGAAUGGGCGGCCUCUGGAGGCCUCAAGUUGAACCAGCUCAAGAAACUCGAAGUGGAAUUUCUAAAUGCUAUUGAUUGGAAUGUUUAUGUGAACGAGCGAUCAUUUGAAGCGGGACUGCUGUGGCUGGAGCGGCAAGUGGCACUCCGGCAGGCGAAUCUGCGAGGUUUCUUUACAUACGGCGACUUGGCGGCGAGCUGCGACGGAGCCCUUCUGUGCGAGAUGGUGGGCGCGCUGCGUGCGGCGUGCGCGGCUGCCGCACUGGCCUACCUCUCCGGCCUGCUGACGUUGCUCACCUCCACGCUGGUGCUGUCGCAGGCGUGGCUACCCGCUCUGCAGUACGCGGCGGCACGCGGUGCACUCUCCGCUCUCGACACAAAUAUUAUGCCCGACAAAUCCGACAUUGCACCGUUCCUCAGCAACCGCACGCUGGAUCUCGUACCAGACUCGCCCCAAGUGGAGGAGCCCGCGCUGCCGGACAAACUGAAGUGUUGCACCAGGUGGCUGCAAUAUCAUGACAGAACUGAAACAAAAAAUCACUGGCAUGAUAAUGUCGUCGCAUAUGACUGGAAAUCUUUCGAAACUUGGUGGUCUAAAACUCCGCUAUUGAACUGGUUGUAUCAUAGCUCCGUCAUCGGUCCAAUGCAAAGAUGGUUGGAAAUACUCGACGAAUAUGCCGAUUUAUUUAAAAAGAAACUAUUCAUCAUCGAAGGCACAAGACAUGGCGAGCGGUGUAGCGAGGACCACCACCACUGUGUUUGGCAGUGGUUGAACCUGAGCAAGCUCAACAUGUUGCUGGCCUCUGCCGCUGACCGCUAGAGACCAGAGAUCCAGCACAACACUGACACUGACCACGAAUACUUCUACUUCUGUUUUCACUGUAUAUUGGCUGUAAAUUAAGCAAAAUUGAUUGAUUUAACAAAAGCUCAGUAAAUUAUUUCUUUAUUUUUAAUUUGUUUAACAUUGUACUAAUGUCAUGUACUUACAUAUUUGUUAAGGUUAACUUAAGUAAAAGGUCACUUGAGCGAAUACUGUAAGAACAAUGCCAACUUGAUCAGUUUCAAUUCCUAUAUUUUUGUAUGCAAAAUAACUAAAUAAACCUUCUGAAGUAGUAUCUUAUUUAUUA